UAGUAGUAAGCGACGUGACUAAUUGUCUAAUUCCAAGUGACUGCUUCUUUAAUCGUGAGUAACAUACCGGUGAACAUACAAUUCGAGCUUAAGGGGUCCGCUUAGUUAUUCAAACAAUUGCUAUAAUGUUUUUGAAACUAGCAUAUCGUUGAGCAAAGUGGUAUUUGGACAGGAUUCAUGUUCGAAGGCGCGGACUAUGAAUGGCUUGCAUUUUAUACGCCACGCGCCCUGCUUCGUUCAUUUCUUAGCUUAAUAGUCAUAAAGUAGUAUCAGCAAGAUUGCAGCUCUUGCGAUCACGGGCCAAGCGAAAAAAUGGCGGAGGCUGUUGGUACGCUUUCGCGCGAGGUGCUGGAGGAGAGGCUUAUGGAGGCCCGGCGGACAUAUCGGCUGAACAUGGGUUAUGCGGGCCUCAAGCAGCUCCCUCCCGGCUUUGUGGACUUGGUUAAGAAGUAUAACCCCCACAUCACGGAGCUGGAGCUGUCCAGUAACGACCUCACCGACCUGCCGGAUGAGCUGGAGGAGUUCCGCUACCUGCGCAUCUUGCGGCUCAAGUACAACCAGCUCAAGCGCAUCCCAGCGGUGGUUUACAGGUUGCAGCAGCUCAUGGUAUUCGAUGUGAGCGGCAACAAGGUCUCUAAAGUGGACGAGGCGGUGGGGCACCUCUCACUGCUGAAGGAGCUGGAUGUGUCCGGUAAUGAGAUCAUCUCUCUGCCCGAUUCGCUGGCUACGCUGCCUAAGCUGGAGGUGCUGCAAGUUGAGAACAACCGUCUGGAGGUGCUGCCCGACAACCUGGGUGAGCUGGCCUCCAUCAUCAAGAUGGACCUCUCCACCAACAACCUGCGCUACCUGCCCGCCAGCAUGGGGCAGCUCAAGAAGGUGCAGCGCAUCGACGUGGGCAACAACCUGCUGACCAAGGUUCCGCCCAGCAUGGGCCACCUGAAGACGCUGAAGGAGUUCAACCUGCGCUACAACAACCUGGAUGAGCGCUACAAGGCGAAAGUGGAGGAGGGCCUGUCAAAGUUCCUGGCCUUCCUGCGUGAGGAGGAGGAGCGAGAGCGGCUGGAGGAGAUUGAGCGGCUCAAACCCAUCGGCACCCCCGUGGGCUCCUACCUGGAGUAUCGCUGCAAGGCGGAGGUGGGUCAGCUGGUGAAGACGGAGAUGGGCGACAUCACAGUGGACAACCGGUGCUGGAUCCGCACCGGACACACACUCACGCAGGUUGGCAGCAUGCUCAUCAUCUUCGGCGGCCAGCUGCAGAAGGACGGCUCCACCACCAACGACCUCUUCUGGAUGACCAUGGACCGCAUGGAGUGGCACAACCAGCCCUGCAAGGGAGACAAGCCGCAGCCACGCUACAACCAUGCUGCCUGCUACGAUGAGGAGAACAACCGCCUCAUCGUCUUUGGCGGUCGUACGGCGGAGCGCAAGCGCCUCAACGAUGUGGCCUUCCUCAGCUUGGACAACUGGACUUGGUACAAGCCGUCAACGGAGGGCACGGCGCCGUCGCCCCGUGAGCAGGCGGUUGCGACGUUCUGGGCGGGCAACAUGGUGCUGUUCGGUGGUCACGCCAUCGGCGGCCGCACCAACGACCUCUUCCUGCUGGACCUGGGCGGAUGGCAGUGGUCGCAGCCCCCCUUCUCCGGCACCGCGCCCUCGCCGCGGCAGGCCUGCGCGCUGUGCAUGGGCCACGGCAACCUGCUGUUCGUACACGGCGGCCGCAACAACUUUGUGCUGGAGGACCUACACAUGAUGGACUUUGUGACGCGUACCUGGACUGAGAUCCCCUGCGAGGGCCGCGUGCCGCCUCCGCGCCACUCCCACCGCAUCACCGUGCACAAGGACCACCUCUACCUCUUUGGCGGGCUGGACGAGCUGGGGGCGCAGUCGGUGGCCAUGUUCCGAGUGCACCUGCCGGAGGGGCAGCAGGACACCUACUCCACCGCCAAGCCCAAGUGGGUGGAGUGGGACAGCGAGCUGCCGUACAACAAGAACCGUACGGUGACGCUGUGGAACGGCACCAUCUCCAUUUACCAGCUGGGUAGCAACACGCUGGGCCGCGUCAACGAUGACGAUGCGGAGAAGGGCCUGGUGUUCUGGGACGUCUUCAAGACGGCCAAGCUGGACGGCCUGAAGCCGCGACAACUGGCGGAGGACGAGCUGCGGCCCAAGAACGCCAAGCGCAUGCGUGUGCAGCACACCAUCAACACCGCCGGCAAGAUGCCCCGCUCCUUCACGCAGCACUCGGCGCACGAGGGCCGCGUGCUGCAGUACGUGCAGGACUUCCAGCGCGUCUUUGAGGAGCUGUACCCCUACCGCCGCCCGCUCUACCUCACCCCACGCAACGAGUGCGGCGUGCCCAAGUUCGUGUGCACCACGCUGCGCCCCAGCCAGCUGGUCUACACGGAGCUGUACGACCUGGACGGGGCGGCGCAGUUCGUGGCGGACUUCCUGUCGUACGAGCCGCUGGAAGAUCCGCUGCACCCUCCCGACACGCUCCCCUCCCCCAUGUCCAUUUUGGAUUGGCGCGCCGGCGACUCCUUCGAUCUCGCGGUGGUGCUCGCCUCACUGCUCAUCGGAGUGGGCUUCAACGCCUACGUGGUCAUGGGCUACGCGCCCUUCGCAGUCGUACAAAACGACCAACGGAACACGACGUGCACGGUGCUCGAGCGGGAGGUGCAGGGGCAGGCGGCCGCUGCGGCGGCAGGCGCGCUGCCUGGGAAUAAGUCGGAUAGCACGGCUGCAAAGCUGGCUGCCGCCACUGCUGCCGCCGUUACCUCGGCCGCUUCUGUUGCCGCUUCCAGCGGCGGUGGCGCCCGCCGGUCCGGGGAUUCCACGCCCGCCGGCAACACCAACUCGCCCGCCAUACCGGUGGGGGCGCUGAACGGCGUAACGUCUGGCGAGCCGCGUCCGCCGCGUUACAUCAUCAAGCCGCUGGCGUCGCUGCAGAGCAAGGUCUUGCAGGCCAAGGGCGAGACCUUCAACUCCGCAGCCAUGGCGGCCGCCGCUCUGGCAGCCGCAGCCAACGCCGAACGCUCCACCAUGUCCUCCCCGGACGCCGGCAACGCUGCCGACGACGACGGAGCCAUCAUCGGUGACCCCACAGCCGCCGCCGCGGCGGACGCGCCGCCGGAGGCCCCCCCAGCCGACCCCUUUGCGGAAGACCGCGACGCAGGCAUCUGCAAAUACGUGCAUGCCUGGGUGAUGGUGCUGCCGGGCAAGCGUGACGUGUCGGAGGCCAUGUUCAUUGAGCCCUCCACGGGGCGCAAGUACCCGCUGAACGACAGCCCCUACAAGGGCAUUGAGAUGCUGUGGAACCACCGGAACUUCUGGGUGUGCCUGCAGCAGCCGCAGCCGCACAGCGACUCGCGCGCGGACCCCAAGGACAUCUCCUACGAGCUGAACGACCCCUCCAAAUGGGAGCCCGUGUUUGAGGAGCGAGGCAUGCGGAGCCGCAGCGAGGGCGCCACCGAAGAGUCGGAGGUCCUCCGAGCCGAGGGAGGCGGCAUGGUCCGCGGCAUAGGUCGCGUUGACUCUGCCCGCGGCGUCGGCGGCCCGGGCAUCAACAUCAGCGGCAAGUCCGGCAAGCCGCAGUCUGGUCUGGGUCGCUCCCAGGGCGGCGUGAGCAUCGUCCAGCGGAUGGCCCAGCGCGCCAAGCUCAGCACACCGGCGGGCGGCGCAGGCGGCGGCGGCACCGACACGCCGCCCCGAACGGCGGACAGCCAUGGGGAGGGCGGCAGCGGGCUGGAUGAUGGGGAAGGCGGCGAGGCGGAUGUGGUGCCGGACAUCCCACCCAGCUGGGUGCCCAAACUGACGAUUCCCAGGGAUGCCUUUGACAUGAGAUGUCCGCGGGGCUCCAAGCUGACGCUGUACCGGCGCUGCCAGCACGAGAUCUUUGCGCGCUUCGGCGACUGCAGCCGCUGGGACGGCAUGGUGGAGAAGCUGGUGCUGUACGCGGACGACGUGCGCACAACGGUGGCGGAGAGCCGCGAGACGUUUACCAGGCGCCGGGACAAGCUGCGCGAGAGGCGCUCGUACCCGCAGAAGGACACCACCGUGGAGCUGUUUGACCGCGGCAGUGCCUUUGCGCUGAAGGACAUCCUGACCGUCAAGAACGACCGCCGGGUGUUCAACUUCUACGCCGCGGCGCGACUGGACGGCCUGGAGCGGCGGGAGGAGAUAGAGGGUCGCAAGAUCAUCGAGCACUUUGUGGGCCGCGACGACCGACUCAUCUACCGCAGCGCAACCUACGCAGAGGACCCCGCGGCUGCAGCAGGCAACGCAUCGCCGGCACCGGGGCCAGGCGCGGGCGUCGCAGAGGUGCCCCCGGAGGUGGACCCGCCGGGAGAGGACGACGUGUCUCGUCGCGCUCGCAAGACCAAGGCCCGCGGCGGCGACAAGCGCAUGCUCCCCAUCCGCAAAAUGACGGAGAAGUUCGCUCGCAACCCGGCAGUGGACGCGGACUCCGAUGUCGCCAAGCGCGUCUACUACCUGACGGAAGGGCGUCUGCGUGUGGACUACCACUUCGGCACCAACCGCAUCACCAACUCCAGCCGCUCCUUCACCAAGGACGGACAGAGCCAGAUCGUGCAGGUUGACCCGCUGGCCCCCCGGCCGCAGCCCGCAGCGCUGCUCGAGGAGUACAGCGCCCUGCUGGUGGCGGAGAAGGACUGCUUGCAGUCUGUCCGCGACAGCGAGUGGGAGGUGAGCGAGAUAACCCGCACGCGCACCAACCAGGAGCAGAACAUCACGCUGGAGACGCCCUACUACGACAUUGUGCGUAUCAAGGCGGAGGAGAGUGAGGAGGAGGAGGAGGAGGCAGCUGAGGCGGCCUACGACUACCUGUCUCCCUUCCUGCCCACGCUGCUGGGCACGCAGACGCUGACCCGCGUGCAGGCGCUGGACGUGCGCGAGAAGGCGCUCAAGGCACUCAAGGACCGGCUCAUCGAGCGGGCGAACAUCAUCCAGGCCCGUCUGGACGAGGAGACCGCUGCGCUUGCCAAGCGGCAGCAGAACUUCCACCGCGACCGCGACCAGAUGAGCGCCAGCGAGGAGGAGGAGUACGAGCGGCAGACGGAGGAGAGCAUGUUCCGCAUCCACAUCCUGGAGCGCCGCCUGCGCCGCCACGAAGAGCAGGCGCUGCACAAGUACUACGAGCUAGAUGCCAAGCUGCGCGCAGACCCACGGCUGGCGGCGCUGCUGAAUGUGUAUUAGUGCGGAGGAUGUGUAUUCGUGCGGAGAUAGUGUACUAGUGUGGUGGAUAAAGCUGUGGGGAGAAGGGAGGGGUGCAUUGCAGCGGUAAGGGUUACGGGCGUGAGGCUGGUGGGUAUGGGUGAGUGGGAGCUGAAGCCAUGACGGAUGAGUAGGACUUGUACAGGAGGUGCUUGGGGUUAGGCAUAGGGGUGUCCAUGUGGCUGGGAUGGGGACAUCACACAUCAGGAGGGGAUGGAACUUGGCGGGAAUGACCAGCGGAGUUGGGUGCGCAGAGCUGCAUUGGGAAGAGGGCGCGAGGGGUGGGGCGGUUGGUCGUGCUGGAUCGGCGUAGGGCGGGCCAGAAGUGCGGGUUGCUGCUUGUGGGCUGGACAUAUGGCAUGUGGCCUGCCAGGAUGUGGCAGACACACUGCACGCGAGAUCUUGUAAAUCGGUGAGAA